AUGGAGCACACACCCGACACCACCGGCUCGCUAUCCGCCCAAUCCCACCACGACCGGACCCGGGCGUGCCCAGUCACGCCCCGCCAGGACCCCGGGGGGGACUCCCACAGCUGCAUCAUCGACUACCGCCGGGAAGCUUUCAAGGUCACUUGGUGGGGGCGCGUUGAGUGCCCCGGUUUGACCAAGUUCCCGGCCGUCGGCGAUGCUGAAGUCUCCCCCGUGCCGUUGACUCCCGCCCUCGCCGCUGCGUGGAAACAGUCGUCGCCCCUCAACCACGGCUGCUACGCCUCCGUCCGCGCCUCCGACGGGCCUGGGGAUCGGUUCCCGGUCCUCAAGGUGGCCCACCCAGACUCGCCCUCCGUAGACCUCAUCGAGGGCGAGUUUAAUGUCCUCAACUCGCUGAGGGGUCGGGGGACUUCCGGUGCCCGAGGUGGACCCGCGCCCCAUCGUGGACAGUGGGCGCAUCCACGGGUACCGGAUGCGCCCGCUCUGCAAGUUGGGGCAAGGAUUGUGUUGGUUGACUUCGGUUUUGCGGGACGGAUAGGCACCGUCGUUCCCCCGUCGAUCCCUUCGUGGGUGUAUACGGGUCCUGUCUUCGCUGCGGAGGAGGAUUUAACCGCCCUCGAUGACUUGUGCCUGUUCAGCUGA